GGUUUGGACACUCACGUGUGUAGCUCGGGCUGCGUCCUUGUUUGGGGGCCCCGGGAGGCCCAGAUGAGGAGUACUGUGUGCCUGUGGCUCCACCCUGAGUCCUGCUCCAACCAGAAGUUUGGGGAGUGGGUGUUGUCUCCACUCCAGCCCCACUGUGCGUGCGUGCAUGUACACGACAAUGGCAUCUCUCAGCCACAUCUUGGUUCUCUGGGUCGGGAUCCUCACUGUGGUCAACACAGAAGCUCCACAGGAACACGACCCAUUCACCUAUGACUACCAAUCCCUUCGGAUCGGAGGCCUCAUCAUCGCCGGAAUCCUCUUCAUCCUGGGCAUACUCAUCGUCUUGAGCAGAAGAUGCCGGUGCAAGUUCAACCAGCAGCAGAGGACUGGGGAGCCUGAUGAAGAGGAGGGAACUUUCCGCAGCUCCAUCCGCCGUCUGUCCACCCGCAGGCGGUAGAAACACCUGGCGCUAUGGAACCCAGCCAGGUCCUGCAGCUCUGACCAGGCUUAGGGGAGGGAGCGGAGAGAGGAGGGGGCGAAGGACUGGGGUAGGGAGCCUGGAGGGCUCUCCGGCCUCUUACCCUUUUCACUCCCACAGGAUUCCCCUGGCACCUGACGCUCCCCCACCCCCCCACCGUCCGCGCGCCCACCAGCACCUGGACUGCACUCUCCGCCAGCUCUGCGCCCACAGACUCCUCUCUGCUGCCCAGAUUUCCAAUAAAACGUGCUUUUCUCUCUUGA